CAGCGGCUCUGCGGCCACAGGCGCGCCGGGGUCUGGGGGGACCGGACGGACGCUAGUGGCGGCGGAGGGUGCGGACACGCACGGCCAGAGCCGGGGUCCAGUUUGCUAAGCACCGGACGGCCCGGCCCGAGCCCGGAGCGCCGCCAUGGGUCCCGGGCCCCCGGCGGCUGGAGAGAGGGCGCCCCCGCGGCCGCUGUCCCUGGCGGCGCGCCUGAGCUACGCGGUGGGUCACUUCCUCAACGACCUGUGCGCGUCCAUGUGGUUCACUUACCUGCUGCUUUACCUGCACUCGGUGCGCGCCUACAGCUCGCGCGGCGCCGGGCUGCUGCUGCUGCUCGGCCAAGUGGCUGAUGGGCUCUGUACGCCCCUCGUAGGCUACGAGGCCGACCGCGCCGCGGGCCGCUGCGCCCGCUGUGGGCCGCGUAAGGCCUGGCACCUGGUCGGCACCUUCUGCGUCCUGCUCUCCUUCCCCUUCAUCUUCAGUCCAUGCCUGGGCUGCGGGGAGACCACGCCCGAGUGGGUCGCCCUCCUCUACUAUGGGCCCUUCAUUGUCAUCUUCCAGUUUGGCUGGGCUGCUAUGCAGAUUGCCCACCUCAGCCUCAUCCCCGAGCUUGUCACCAAUGACCACGAGAAGGUGGAGCUUACAGCUCUCAGGUACGCCUUCACGGUGAUGGCGAACAUCACCGUCUAUGGCGCCGCCUGGCUCCUGUUCCACAUGCAGGCCUCUCCACACAUAGGGUCCAUCCAGGAUGUCAGUGACCAGCUGGGGGUCCAAGAUGUGCCAGUGUUUCGGAACCUCUCCCUGUUAGUGGUGGGCAUUGGAGCUGUCUUCUCACUGCUGUUCCACCUGGGCACCAGGGAGGGCUGACAGGUGGAGGAGCCAGACGAACACAGCCCCCUGUUGGCCCCCGCCACUGCCCGGCCCUUGCUGCUCUGGAAACACUGGCUUCGGGAGCCAGCCUUUUACCAGGUGGGCUUGCUAUACAUGAGCACAAGGCUCAUUGUGAACUUGUCCCAGACGUACAUGGCCAUGUACCUUACCUACUCCCUCAAUCUGCCCAAGAAGUUCAUCGCCACCAUCCCGCUGGUGAUGUACCUCAGUGGUUUCGUCUCCUCCUUCCUCAUGAAGCCGGUCAACAAGUGGAUUGGAAGGAAUAUGACCUACUUCGUGGGCCUCCUGGUUAUCCUGGCCUUCGCAGCCUGGGUGGCUCUGGCAGAUGAGUUGGGUGUGGCUGUGUAUGCAGCAGCCAUGCUGCUAGGCAUGGGCUGUGCCACCAUCCUCGUCACCUCGCUGGCCAUGACAGCUGACCUCAUUGGUCCCCACACGCAUAGUGGAGCCUUUGUGUACGGUGCCAUGAGCUUCUCGGAUAAGGUGGCCAAUGGGCUGGCAGUCAUGGUCAUCCAGAGUCUGCACCCUUGCACAUCGGAGCUCUGCUGCAGGGCCUGCGUAGGCUUCUACCACUGGGUGAUGGUGGCCGUCACAGGUGGCGUGGGCAUGGCUGCCACCCUGUCUCUGUGCAGUCUUCUCAUCUGGCCCCUCCGCCUGCGGAGCUGGGCUCCUGGAGCCCAGCCCUGACAUUUCCCCAUGGCCUCCUGUCCUAUGAAAAUGAGCUGCAACUGUGCACAUUCCAUGCCCUGCUCGUCCCGUCUCCACCUCUCCUUCCUUGACUGGC